AUGAAUAGCAACACAGUUCGUGAACUUAAAUUACAUAGUCCAGCUGGUGUUGAACCAGCUGUAUUUACAUGGCCAAAUGUUGAACAGCAAAAAACGAAAAAAGAUGCUAUUUUCAUCGGUGGCGAUGAGAUCGUUCGAACUAUUCGCCUAGUAUUCGAGGAUUAUCCGGAAUUAUAUCAACAGAAUCUUAAUCUUGAUUAUUGUGAUAUUCAUUCAUAUGUGAAAAUGAAGGAACUAUGUGAUAAAUUCAAUAAAAUAAUCGAUACACAUGUGAAAUUGAAUCGUGGUACAGAAGCAUUUUCUGCUCGUUUACAGCAACGUGCAACAGCCAAACUAUUUCGUCAUAUAUUAGCUCAAGUGUACAGUCGAGCUGUGACUGAUCCAGAUAAACUCCGUGAUUAUGAACCAUUUUCACCUUCGGUAUACGGUGAAACAUCACCAGAUUUAAUUGAUUCCAUUUUGAAAGUAAUCAAUCUAACCGAAGAGCAAACGUUUAUCGAUCUUGGUUCUGGCGUUGGCAACGUUGUUCUACACGUAGCUGCAUUAUCUAAUUGUAAACAUGUCUAUGGAAUCGAGCACGAAGAAACACCAGCGACAUAUGCAUGUGCUAUGGCUGAUGAAUUUCGUUUUUGGAUGCGUUGGUAUGGUAAAUGUUACUCGGAAUUUAGCUUGGAACGAGGUGAUUUUCUUUCACAUCCAAAAAUCGAUGAAUUAAUUAGAGAAGUUGAUGUGGUUUUUGCAAAUAACUAUGUGUUUGGUUCCACAGUCAAUCAUGGUCUAAAAGUGAAAUUUAUGAAUAUGAAAGAUGGUGCAAAGAUUGUUUCAUCCAGGGAAUUUUGCCCGGAAACGUUUCGUCUCAACGAUCGAACGAAAAAUGAUCUUGGAGCAGUCAUGCAUGUGUCAAAACCGGAAAAACUGUUCGGCAAAGUUAGCUGGUCAGAUAAAUCUGUUCAAUAUUAUCUACACGUGAUUGAUCAUAGUAAACUAGCACUUUACUAUGAAAAAGCACAUCAACUUCAUACAAAAGGACCCAAGACGAACCAUUCAAAACAACAUCAUCAUGUUGAUGAUUGUUCCCCGACAUCACCAUCGUUAACUUUGAAAAUGAAUCGAGUUAAAAAAUCUCCAAAGAUCGAUGAAAACCAUCCUCCAAGUUGUCAUAUUAAACGAAAACGAAAAUCGACGUCUUCUGUACCGUCGACAUCAACAUCAACUUCGUCUACAACGAUCAGCGCUCGCGGCCGCAAGAUACGCAUAAAACAUCAAUCAGAUCAAGAAUCUGAGCAAGAUUCAGAUGGUUUAAACGACGAAUUACUCAAUCCUAAACAUUGUCGAACGUCAAGCAAAGAUUAUCAAUCGACAUUGAAUGAAUUACAUGUGGCAUCGAAAAAAUUUAUUCAAUCGAGUCCACACUUUCCAAUAAAAAAUCAACAGUUUAAUUAUCAAAACAUGACAAAAUUAUCCGACGAAAACUUGCGUCUCAAUCAUUUACGUGAUUGUCUAGUUGAACAAGAAGAUCAACGCUUUAUCAAUGCAAUCAAUUCUUACUUAGAACAGUUUCGUCAACGUCUUUUUACAUACUUUGUUUACAUGAAAUCAGAUAACUAUCGCGAACAUUUACGAAAACAAUUAGACAACGAAAUGGAGUUGAAUCAAACAUUAAAAUCCAAAGUGAAUUGCUUAGAAAAUAAUAUCAAAGCUUUACUUGAAGAUGCUAUUCGUCUUCUCAAAUUACGAACUAAUGAAUUAGGCAUCGAUGAUUUAGAACGACCUAUUCAACUAAUCAGUUAUGCAAGUGAUAUUUCGAAUAAACACAAAGAAUUGCGUUCGAAAGUUUCAUCGUUAGAAAAAGAAAUCGCUGAAUACGAUUAUGAAAAUGAGAAAAUCAAUUCGAUUUUAAGUAGUCUUCAAACUAAUGAGCGUUCUUCAGCGACUGCUUCAAAUAAUAAUACAUAUUCGCAAUUAUUCGUGAAUGCCAGUCAACAACACAGCAAAAAACAAAGUCAACAUCCAGAAUAUUCAAUCAUCACACCUCUUAGUCCAAAUGCGGCGAAGGAGAAAAAUGUUGAGGGCAAUUCAAGAUCUUAUUCAAAUUCGACAUCAGCGUAUAAUAUCGUUAAGGAAGAACGCAAAACCGAUUUUAUAAUACAAAAACGAGCAAAGAAAAGUCCAAAUCCGGAUGGACAAACCACCGUUUCACCAAUCAAAAUCAUCAAAGUUACUGAUAAACGAAGCUCUUUGUCAGACACAUUGCCUUCUUCUCCUUUACCUCAAUUAUCAUCAUCAUCGUCAUCAGUAACUUCGAACAUGGCUGGUAGUAUCGAUAACCUCCUUUCAACAAAACAACUCGAACCAGUCCAAGUUCAUUCAGUUGCUUCCAAAACUGGUACACAAACAAAACAAGACAACACUCUAUCAUCUGUAUUUGUUCAAUCAGUUACAAUGCAAACAUUACUUGAACCUUUAUCUAGCAAACACGAUGACGCAAAUCAAGAUUUAACUCUGCAAUCGCCACGCAAGAAACGUGAUUUCUACGGUAAAACACCAGGUACACCAACAUCGUCGUCACCAAAUAGAACCAAGUCAACUUCACCAGAUAAAGCUCGACCAUCGUCGACACCGCCUUGUGCAAAUAGUUUUUCGAACAAGACAAGCAAACUUCCGAAUCGACCCGUUUCGAUUCCACCUUUGCAAACAUCCUCUUAA